AGAUUUUUGUCGAUUUACUCGUUUUCAGUUAAUUCGUUCGACUCAUCACUGCCAAAAACAGAUUCACCAACUCAAGCGAUGGCUCCUCCGCUGAUGGCAAACUUUCAAUCUCACCUGGCGCAAGUGGAAGUUUGCGAUGUUCAGUACAAUAUUCGCGUGUUAAAGAUGAAGGACUCACUGUUUGUCUACAUUGGUGAAAAUAAAGCCGAAACGUUUAACGAGCUAGCCGUUGCCAUGCCAAGUAGCCGCGACGACGACGAAGCGCUGGCAUCAAAACUCAUUGGCCCGGACGGAACCGCAUCGCAGCUGUUGGCCCAGCGGCUGGCCAAGAAACUCAAGAAGCAAGUGUACUUGAGCCUGGGUGAAAGCGUUCCAAAUGAUCUGAUCGUGAGACCGUCGAUUGAGAAAAAGAUUUUUGAAGACAUUAAGAACAAUGUGGAGUGCUUUUGAAUGGAGCAUGGGCGUAUUUAGGAAUUGGAAGGAAAUCGGGAGGAUCUGGUGAAUCGAGAAACUGGGCUUCGCUUUGUUGACCUCAUGAGAAACGUGCUAUUCUUAUCAUUGUGCGAUUUUGCGUGAUGCUUGAAACCGUGAAUGUAAUGUAUGCAUUUUUGCUGUGCUAUAAACUAUUUUUUGAAAAUAUAUAAU